GCUCGUCCUGCUAGGCACACGACACGCUCCAUCCCGCACACCCCACGCCCUUUCUCUCUAUAUUGGCGCUGCAGCCGCCUUCAGCCUCCUCUGCAUGACUCUUUCGUAUGCUUCCCUGCGCUCUUCGCCGUCAACACUGUCUCGUGGGCGCCGAGUUUGCUAAGAGUCUCAACCUGCAGGCAGAAGAAAGCAUGAGCAGCCAGACGAGCACGCAAGAAUCGAUCUGGGACAUCAACGGCGCCGAGGGCGCCUCUCUGGCGUCGUCGAGCACCGCCGUGUCGCUCCAGCGCGACCUCACCAAGCAGCAUGCGCCGCCCCUCAGCCUGUUCGAGUCGGUCAUCACAUCGUACCCGCCCGUCCUCGAGUCGCUCCUCUCGCAGAUACCCACCUCGUCCAUCCUCGAUCUCUACCACACCUCGCGAUACCUCCGCGAUUUCCUGCAGAAAUACCCGCUGGCAUGGAAGACGCUAUCGUUCCGGCUGCCCCAGCCCGCCGUCGUGGUUGGGUCGCCGGGCAACGAGACGCCCGACAGCAGAGAGCGGCAGUCGAAAGCAUACUCGUUCGACGCCCUGCUGCGGCAGAUAAUCGGGCCAUAUGGGACGCGGCUGACGAGCCUGGACCUCUGCAACACCGCCGUGUCGGGCGUGGCGCUGGUGGGAACCGUCCUCAUGCCCAGGAUGGACACCCUGCAGCAUCUCUCGGUGCGGGGCUGCAAGAACGUGUCCAUCAAAUACCACAUUGUGCCCUUCCUCGAGCCAUACACUAUGAAAAACCAGAACUGCUCGAAAGACGAUCUCGCCCUCAGGAGCCUGUACACGUACCGCUGCCGCCAUCACCGGAGACGCCCGUACCUUCCUUCUUCUCUCGUCCGGAGAGAUUCCGAUUCCGACCCGACUCACCACCUCAUCGAAAUAUGUCAUCAGCUAGGGAUAUGGACCGAUACGGCGUGGUGUCCGACACCUGGUGGGCGCUGUUACCGCCGAAAAGACUACCAUGCAGGGAGAGCUGGGCCGCAGAAUAUGGAGGUAUGGGUGCCCUUUGACAGAUUAUGGAGGUCAAGCAACCGGAUUGGGCCCGUCGAUGGCGGAAACAUACUCGGCGAGCAAGAUGGGCGAUUGUGGGAGAUAUCCGAGACCGGCCAAGACGGCGAGCCGCUAGGGACGGAGAGCGGCGUAUUCAAAGGAGAGGGGAAGCACGUCCCGGCACACAUGCGGAGGAGUCACAAGAUUUUCGUGGAACAUGUCAAGUGUGCACAGUGCGAAGAAGCCAUUCUGGAGCGCUGCGAAUCCUGCAGCGUACGGAUGCAUUGCAUGGGAUGCCGCAAGACCCUUUGCGCCAGCUGUGCGUUCAACAGGCCCAUACCGAGGAAACGAGCAAAGACGCGGCACACAUUCGCAAACCUAGCAUUUGGGGCUGGCGCAACGCUGGGCACUACCUUAAGUCAAGCGUCAGGUUCAUCCGCUUCUCUCCACGAUCAGAAUCGGAACACAAAAGCCCAGAACGCCGACCGCUACUGGUGGGCUCCCGGAGCCACCCGUUCGCCGAACCUCAUGAAUGAGAGCGCGCACGAUGAUGACUCAUCCGACUCCGAAGAUGGCGGCAACCUCAACAACGGAUUACCUAUACCGCCCGCGAAUAGAGAACCGCCGAAGUUGAACAUGCACUGGUGCUGCCUGGAGCCCAUCUUUUCUGGUGGCGGAGGGAUAGCUGUGUUGGGGACUGGACUAGGCGGCAGAGGGGCAGACAAGAUCCGCGCAGCACCUCUACCACGCACCAAGCACUUCGAGGAUCCAGAUUUCUCCAAUCAGCUCCGCCCGGUCGACUACAUUCGAGAGCUGAAGAACAAUGGACUCUAUGAAUAUGUCCUUGGCGAAGAUGUUGACAUCCUCUCUUACCUGAAACAGGACAGCCUAGACCUGCAAGCCCAAACAUGUCCCCGAGGCCUAUGCCAAGAUUGCUAUCGGAGUUUCCGCUGGAAAGUGUCAUGUCGAGCCUGCAAGAACCCAAUUUGCAAAGAGCACGAUUUCAGGGGUUUGAAGUUUCGCAAAUGUGGCUAUAGAGACAUGCACACAGAGCGCGAACAUGUCCGAACACACAACGAGCCCCCUCGGCUGGUCAUCCCUGAGUUCAACGCAAACAAAGCCCAUGGCAAAGACCCCGAGCGCACACCGACAGCGCCCUCUAUGCAACAUCAGUCAUCGUCCUCUACGACCGCCGAGCUCGAGCCGUCUGAAUCGGCUCCAAUGUCCCAAUCUCAGAUCCUCGUCCCGCCCUCCGCACCCUCAUCCAUUGAAAUGGCGUCGUCAACCUCCUUGGACUCUCACUCCUCCAUACCAGACCCCUUCUCGAACUCAAGCUCCUUACCCUUUGUCCCCGUAAGCUCCACCCGCCCUCGCUCCUUGAGUGUGUCCGGCGUCCGCAGCCGUAACUCUGGAUCCUGGCCGAAUUCUCCUCGCCAACCUAAUUCGAUCGCACAUCCUCCCCCGCUUCCUUGCAAUCCACGCCAUCCGGUGCAGUGGGAAGGCUGCGGAGCGUACUUCUGUCAAUACCCUAGACCUGUCGGCGACCACAGACCUCAAUGUCCAGCUAUUCUGAGAGAGUGCACCGAAUGUGCUGUGCUCGUAUGCGACCAAUGCUCCGCUUCAAACCCAUCUUGCCCAUGCACUUACUGUACAGUGAACUUCCAUUGCCCCACUUGCGCCCGUAAGAAGGAUGUCAUAGCCAAGUGCCGGCUUGAAGCCGAGACCAAAGCGAGGAAAGAAGCCGAGCUCCGCGCACAGGAGAGGAUGGAGAAAGAAAAGGAAGAGCGGGGCCAGGCUGACGAGAUGGCCGGCGCAGUGUUUGAAUUCUUCGCGUCUCUCAUCCCUGAAGUCAUGGCAGAGAUAUCAGAGUUACCCGCUAACCUGCAGGAAGACGAUGCUGAAACCUUGGCUGAAAUGCUCGUACCUAGCCCUGAUUCUAUUACAGUUACGACGGUCUUUGGAGUCCAUGAGGAGCCGAGUAACGUUACGGUCAUCACUGCUUCUGCACCGCCUCCAACGGUGACCGCCAAUGAGGAGUUGGCGCUUCAAGGGACCUUGGAAGACCUAAACGAGAAUAUGGAGCAGCUCCAGGUGGCAGAGCAUACGUUGGUAGCAGCUGUCGGCGGCCACGUCGCUCUUGAUGGAGAGCAUGACGACAUCAUGGAGGAUGACGGGGACGAUGCGGACAUCGACACGGACGAUUUCGAUGCCGAGAGUGCUCUCAUCGAUGAGUUCAUCGAUAAUGGAGCCCUGACACCAACGACCACAACCACUACCGGGAUUCUAUGACCUCCACCGACCCAGUUAAGCCGGCUCAGGCGUAGACAAAAGCGUGAAGAGGAGGUCACCAGCAUUCAUGAAGAUUUUGAUAUUUGCACAUUUCAUCAUAUUUUCACUUUCAUCGAACGUUCUAUACCAGAAUGCAAAAUCGACAUUUCAGAUACGGAAGCAUCGUGGGACGAUAUGUGUACGACCAGUUCGAGGAAGAGCAGAGCAAGAUGUUCGCACCGUUUAUUAGCGUGAUAUAGCAGAUAUACAUUAUCAUUUGGUUUUAGGGUCUUAGGCAUGGAUUAUCUAGACUGAGCGACCGAAUGGCGGACUUGCGGAAUUUCAGAUAUCAUACGCCAAUUAGCAGGAGGGAUCAGAGCGCAUUUUUGAAGUUCUUUCUGAAUGCUGUAUCAAUUUCAGUCAUUGGUUUGAUGUCGUCCACUCAUGGUUUUUGC